AUGCCUACAUUACACCUACACCUAGAUUACACCUACACUCCACCUACACCACACCAACAUAAUGCCUACAUUACACCUACACUGUAUCUACCUACACUACACCUAGAUUACACGUAUACUACACAUACAGCAUACCAACACCUAUAUUACACCUACACUACACCUACACUACACCAUAUCUACACUACACCUACACUACACCAUAUCUACACUACACCUACACUACACCAUAUCUACACUACACCUACACCUACACUACACCUACACCAUAUCUACACUACACCUACACUACACCUACACUACACUACACCUACACUACACCAUAUCUACACUACACCUACACUACACCUACACCAUAUCUACACUACACCUACACUACACUACACCAUAUCUACACUACACCUACACUACACCAUAUCUACACUACACCUACACUACACCAUAUCUACACUACACCAUAUCUACACUACACCUACACCUACACUACACCUACACCAUAUCUACACUACACCUACACUACACCUACACUACACUACACCACACCAUAUCUACACUAAACCUACACCUACACUACACCUACACCAUAUCUACACUACUACACCUACACUACACCUACACUACACUACACCACACCAUAUCUACACUAAACCUACACCUACACUACACCUACACCAUAUCUACACUACACCUACACUACACUACACCAUAUCUACACUACACCUACACUACACCUACACUACACCAUAUCUACACUACACCAUAUCUACACUACACCUACACUACACCAUAUCUACACUACACCAUAUCUACACUACACCUACACCUACACUACACCUACACCAUAUCUACACUACACUACACCACACCAUAUCUACACUAAACCUACACCUACACUACACCUACACCAUAUCUACACUACACCUACACUACACUACACCAUAUCUACACUACACCUACACUACACCUACACUACACCAUAUCUACACUACACCAUAUCUACACUACACCUACACUACACCAUAUCUACACUACACCUACACUACACCAUAUCUACACUACACCUACACUACACCUACACUACACCAUAUCUACACUACACCUACACCUACACCUACACUACACCUACACUACACUACACCACACCAUAUCUACACUAAACCUACACCUACACUACACCUACACCAUAUCUACACUACACCUACACUACACUACACCAUAUCUACACUACACCUACACCAUAUCUACACUACACCUACACUACACCUACACUACACCUACACUACACUACACCUACACCUACACUACACCUACACCAUAUCUACACUACACCUACACUACACUACACCACACCACACCAUAUCUACACUAAACCUACACCUACACUACACCUACACCAUAUCUACACUACACCUACACUACACCUACACUACACCAUAUCCACACUACACCAUAUCUACACUACACCUACACUACACCUACACUACACCAUAUCUACACUACACCUACACUACACCAUAUCUACACUACACCUACACUACACCUACACUACACCAUAUCUACACUACACCUACACUACACCUACACUACACCUACACUACACCAUAUCUACACUACACCUACACCAUAUCUACACUACACCUACACCUACACUACACCUACACCAUAUCUACACUACACCAUAUCUACACUACACCUACACUACACUACACCAUAUCUACACUACACCUACACUACACCAUAUCUACACUACACCAUAUCUACACUUCACCAUAUCUACACUACACCUACACCUACACUACACCUACACCAUAUCUACACUACACCUACACUACACCUACACUACACUACACCACACCAUAUCUACACUAA